AUGCUAAAGGGAAAGAAGGCCAAGGGGAAAAAAGUGGCCUCAGCGCCUGCCAUAGUCAAAAAGCAGGAGGCCAAGAAGGUGGUGAAUCCCCUGCUGGAAAAAAGACCUAAAAACUUUGACAUCAGGCAGGACAUCCAACCCAAAAGAGACCAUUCUCGCUUUGUCAAAUGGCCCCGCUACUUCCGACUGCAGUGGCAGAGGGCAAUCCUCUACAAACGACUCAAGACUGUUACUCAACUGCUGAAGCUGGCCCACAAGUACCGACCAGAGACCAUGAUGGAGAAGAAGCAGUUGCUGCUGGCCCGGGCUGAGAAGAAGGCUACUGGCAAAGGUGACACCUCCACCAAGAAACUCCCUGUCCUCCGUGCAGGGGUGAAUACAGUCACCAUCCUGCUGGAGAACAAGAAGGCCCAACUGGUGGUGAUCACACAUGAUGUGAACCCCAUAGAGCUGGUGGUCUUCCUGCUGGCCUUGUGUCAGAAGAUGGGCAUUCCCUACUGUAUCAUCAAGGGCAAGGCCAGGCUGGGCUGUCUCGUCCACCAGAAGACCUGCACCACUGUUGCCUUCACACAGGUGAACCUGGAAGAUAAAGGCGCUCUGGCAAAGCUGGUAGAAGCCAUCAGGACCAAUUACAACAGAUAUGAGAUCUGCCACCACUGGGGAGGCAACAUCCUGGGGCCCACGUCAGUGGCCUGCAUCGCCAAGCUGGAGAAGACCAAGGCCAAAGAACUCGCCACCAAACUGGGCUGA